CCGCACAUAUACGUUGCCCCGAAAGAGUUGCAACAUACAAGUGAUCCGCUCCUAUAAAAAAAAGCGUAAUGACUCCAUAUUACUGCAUAACCUACAAAGAAGCUUUCGCCCCUACCCAAGCACAACUCAGCAGCGAUUUCUUCCGGAAAGAAAAGGUUCAGAGCAGAACAGGAAAAAAUGCAUAAACAAAGACCAUCUUGAACACAGAUUAAUUACGAACACGUCGUUAUUGUUUGCUUGGGUGUGUUUGAAAGGGAAAUUCCGUUGUAGGGAAUGGGAGGGAGUUAGGGCAUGAAUAAUAGAUUGCUCUGUUUUGUGUCAGGACGUGGGACGUUUCGGAAGGUAUAACUCCAUGUGAUUCAGUGAGUUCGUUUGUCGGCAGCUACAGCUUCUUUCCCAAACACUCACACGGCCACUGCGAGGGGAAGGAGGCGGACGACCUUUAGGCUGGGGGAAAAAAAACAGGGAUGCGCCGAGUGAGGUGCUGAAAUAGCCACUGAACUUCAUUUUGGAGGGCAAAACGUCUCAGUACAUACACAGGACGCCACGACAGGUCUGGCAUCCACGGGCUGUUUCUUCUGUUCCACCUGAAUGUAAGAUAGAAAAGCAAGUGAAGGCAGGAAUUCAAAGCCAUCGCCAUGGAAUUUGUUAUGAAGCAAGCGUUGGGAGGGGCCACCAAGGACAUGGGCAAGAUGCUGGGCGGUGAGGAGGAGAAGGACCCAGAUGCCGAGAAGAAGGAGGAGGAGCGACAGGAGGCCCUGAGGCAGCAGGAGGAGGAGAGGAAGGCCAAGUAUGCGAGGAUGGAGGCAGAGAGGGAGUCGAUCCGACAGGGAAUCAGAGAUAAGUACGGACUCAAGAAGAAGGAAGAGAAGGAGGCGGAGGCCCAGGCCGCCAUGGAGCAGGCCGCUGAGGGCAGUUUGACCCGCCCGAAAAAAGCCGUACCUACCGGCUGCGGCGACACCGAAGAGGAGGAGGAGGGCAUCAUGGAUACCGUCAUGAAAUACCUUCCUGGGCCCCUGCAGGACAUAUUCAAUAAAAAGUAACACAGUUAGCACUGUUAAAGUGCCAAUCUUUGAUUUAUAUAACUUUCCCACUGCUCCACACUGCCCCUACAGACAGAAUAUAGUACAGCAGUAUCCAUAUUCCCAUAUUUAGUUUGUAAAUAGCUUCUAGUUUGAAAUAAUAAUUAAAAUAAUAUAAAUACAUAUAUAAAGUUGCUAAAAGAAAAUUAACUAAGAGUAUAAGCCAUACUUUUAUCUUUAAUAAAUUCUCAAAAUCAUAUAAUCGAGUCAUUAGUUUUGUUGUUUAUAUUAUUCAUAUAUACAUGCAGUGUGAAUAUAUAAAUAUAUGUGUGUUUAUGAACCUCUCCUGUGUGCAUAAACAGAUGUGUCCAUCCAUUCCAUAAACAUAAAUGUGACAGCUUAAAAUAUCGAAGAAAGCUCUAUCAACAUUAUGUUUCUCAAGCAUGCCGUUGGUGUUGUGAUUACAUUUGUAUAAUUUGAAUUUCAUUUUUCUUUGCCAUGUAAAGAAUUAAGGCAAUAAUUCUGGUUUUCAGUUGCUCCCUCACAGACACAUGCCGCAGUCGUCGCGCGUAAUAAUAAACGUUCGUUUGAAUGCUCAUCCACUGUGCACGGAGGAGUGAGUCGUUUAAAUAGCUAGGACAAAACGGCUUGGUGUGGACAAGCCUGCUCGUCUCAAUGCUCGUUUCAAUGUCAAAAGACUAUAUGUGCCAUUCGUUCAAUGCAAGCGAUGCUAUCAGGAUUCUCGAAAGAAUAGUAUCAAGCUACUACACAAUUGGAUCUAGAGGGCUAUAUAUAUUUUGUUUUUCAUAAAUGUAAAUACAGAGCUGUUUAGUGUUCUGUAGCGUAUUAGUUUAAAAGGGAUGCUGUGUGUAUACUUUAUAAACCAGACAAUGACCAUGGUGCAAUAUUGUCCUUAAUGAAGUUGUCCUGUGUCCGUUGGUUAAUUAAUGGGAAUGUGAUCCCACAUCAGCAAUAACAGACAAUCUUCAUUGCUGUUCGUGCUGCUUAAUAAGUAGAGUCUGUGCUCAGAUAUGGUGUUGUCUUCCACGUGCAUAGUCUUUAUUGUAGAGUUGGGUUAGAGUGUCGGAGGACACGUAGAAAUUAAAUUACAGUGGCAUACAGUUAACUGAACCUUUAAAAGCUUAGUUAGCGAUUACUUUUCACAAUAGUCAGUUUUUUUCGAAAUGCUCUAUUUAUUCAUUUUUAUAAUGGAUCUGACUCUGAUGUUACAUUUACAAAAGCAGUGGAAAAAAAACCAUAACCAAUCUGGUUCUAUAGGAAUGGUUCUAUACUUUUAUUUUGUGAAACAGAAAGGAGUUUUCUUCUCGUAUGGAUAAGUCAACACCAAAGUCAAAUUUAUUUAUAGAGCGAAUUUAAAAUCGACAUUUGUUGACGAAAGUGGUGCACAGGGUCACCAAAAGAAAUGGGAAAAGGAAGAAAAAAAUUAAAUAAUAAUGAUAAUAAUAAUUAAUAAAUGAUUUUUUUAAAAAGUGGUACAACAUUACAGUAUAAAUUCAUCAUGACAUUAUAAAUUAAAAAAUCUGAGAAUGAUGUGACAUCAGAGAAUGUAGUCCCCUCCAUUUUCAUUACUGAAUGACUUUAUAUUUCUAUUUUUGCACUUUGAAACCAUGUGACUAUAUAGAUAUUUCAAGGUAGUACGAUGUGAAGAAAACAUGUGUAAUCGUGAUGUCACCAUUAACAUAGCCUUUUAAACAUCUAUAAGUAACUCUAAUUAAUUAUUUGACCUAAAUGUGCAGAAUCAUGCCGUUCGAGAAGCUGCUGUUGUUUUUUUGUGCUGUGUGCUUUGCCUGUUUGUUACUUUGCUCCUUAAUUGACUGCUACCUGCUUUUCUAAUAUGUGAAAUGUAAAUUCCUUGAAUGUUUUGUACAGUUCCUGCACCGACACCAAACUGCCACCAUGUGAACUGCCUGUUAAGAUGACUUGUCCUUAGUGAGCAUUCCAAAACAUUCCAGAUAUUCGGAAACAUUCCAGCUGGUUUGCGCUGGUUAAGAACUACUGAUGUCAGUGAAUCGGAGAAGCUUCUGAGUCAGCUUGUUGUCUGUUCCAGCCAAUCACGUGUGACUUCUCUGUCUGGAGCCCGGAAGGGCUCCGAUUUUCUAAUGGACACAAACAUGUUGGGAAAGACUCCUCAGAACUGCACUAAAGCACUGGAGCUGCAUUCAUGGUGUCAUUCCACCAAACACACAUCAUUUCAGAAAUGCUUUGAUUGUUGAGAUGCUAAAAACAAACAGAAAAUAGUAGCUAGUAACAAUUGUGUUACCUAGCCGACCAAUGUUUCUUGUUCCUGUCUAUAUGGUCCUACAUUAAGUUAUUAGUCAUACAUAUCUUUCCGGUGGCUGACGACACACUAAUUAAGUGUUAUAAAUUGUUUAAAACUGACAUCUCAUCUUGGGCAUAUGCUUAGAAUUGCAGACAUUUCUUUGUUCAAAAUCCAUUAGACGUAAAUUACAGAUGCUUCCCAGUGCACCCAAAACUAUUCGAGACAUCACCUGCAGCCUUGGUUAAACAUGUCACGCUAAUCAUGUCCAGGAUAGUAGACGUUUUGUAUGUAUGUGAACACAGAGAAAGACAUGAUCGCAAAGGGAAUGAUCACUGUAAGCAGUACAGUCACAGGGAGCAAGUAAUCUGUCCUUGGUGUGUCUACUCUUCAUCUGUGUUUGAGUUCAGCCAUUUGGGACUGGGAAAAGAUCAUCCUGGAUUAUGUGGCUUUUCUGUAUGUCCUGUGCAUAAAUUAGCAAGGCAGAUGUGCGUUUGCGUGGGGGGCGGGGUGGGGGUGUGUAGGGACGGGCAUACAUUGCAGAACUUGCCUCACUGAUUUACUGAAGUAGUCUUUUAUCUCUUGUGUUUAGUUAGAUGCUUCUAUGUACGUUUCAAUUAAACCAAAGAAAGGGGUUGUUUUUGCUAUAUUUCAUCAUCAUCAUCAUCAUCAUCAUUAUUAUUAUUUAAGGGAGCGGUGUUAUUAUGUGUUACAUGGAAAUGAUUAGGGAAUCAUUUAAUAGCCCCAGGACAUGGCCAGUGUCAGCUCAGUAACACUGGCCUGCUGAUCAGCAGCAUGGUCCCGUUCCAGCCCAACUUGUACCAUAUGGCCACUUGUCAAUAACCCUUUUCCACAUCCAUAGCUCCUGACAACUUUGACUAAACUUUUACUAAAAAAAAAUUAUAUAUAUAUACACAUUCAAAUAUAAUUACUGCCUUUUGUACAAUAGAGCUGCCAUUAAAUAUAGUUAAAUAAGGAUUUUUGUGUAAAUAAUAUUCCUUGCAUUCCAUGUUAUUGAUAUUACUAUUAUUUUUAUUAAUGGUAAUAGUUAUUAAACUGUACGAUACAAAAUUUAUUUGCUACUUGGCUAAUGUUACUGCAUAUAUUUGUCACAUGGUCCAUGCAGCAGCAUUACAUACAACUGUUAGUCAUUCUAAUGCUUCAGCAAGCCAGAAGUGUCUACCUGAUUUUUAGGCUCUUUCAACACUGUCAGUAGAUCGACUGCCUGACACUUUGAAAAAUGUUCCUUUUUGGUGUAACCUGAAUGUGACUGUUAAGUGUUUUGCUGCAUUGUUCGUUUUUUCUGUGUUACGGUGGUGUUGACUCUGAGGUACUUCCUGUCUGUAGAUGUUCCUGUUUCUGUCCUUCAGUGCCUGUGUUUGGGAGUUGCUGUAUUCGGUGCGUUUUUUGCGUAUUGUGCUGCCCGUUGACCUCUCCCCCUCUUCUCUUGUACGUUGGCACUAGUGUGCAUGCAUUCGGUCUGCAGUGGUAGCAAGGUUACUAUGAGACUAGCGUGUGAAUUCUGUGUUUCCACUCUGCCUGAUAGCUCUCGCUGCAUGCUACCAAAUCGGGUGUUUCGUUGGAGUGUAACGUUCCCUCCAAAAUGGAAUCACAGCACAACAGAAAUAAAGUGAUUUCAUAUA